GGAGAGAAAGAGAGUGAGGGAGGAGUUGGCAUCCAUGGCAUCUGUUGCCUGACAGGAGUUCAGACAUGUAAAUGCACCAGAGAAUCUUAGAGCUGUUCCUUAUACUGGAUCCACAAUCAAAGACAAAAGAGACUGAAACAGAGAAGACUGAUAACAUUGGCUUCUACACUGGAGUAUGACGCCACCCAAACCCCCCAGGACAAAGUGAUAUGGUGUCAACCAUCGCCAGCUCUUAUGACAUCCCGCAGCCAAUCUAUGAAGUCCCGGAUGUGACAAAGCCUGGUGUCACAGAUGGAAGCCAUCCAGAGGUUAAAGUCAAGCCUGUACCUCAUCCCAGGUCUAAAAAACCAAAAGCACAGAAUAACACCUACAGCACUCUUGACUCUGAAGACAAAACCAGGAGUGCAACCAAUGCAGACAGUUCCCAACACAAUGAACAUCCUGGAGACUAUAAGAGACCUCAUCCUGUUCGUCCUCCUCCUAAACCACCAUCUUUGCCCUCCAGUAAACCCACAGCAGCUGUCGACAGCAGCAGUCAAUAUAUGAGUUCAAUUACUGAGUCAACUGUGAAGCCUCCAGCUGUCAGUGCUGAGAGAAAACAAAAUCAUCCUCGUCCUGAACGCCCCCCUCUUCCCUCUGCCUAUUAUGAUAGAGCACGGUCUGCAGUGGGGACACAAUCUAGGAUCUACAGUCAGGGGUCUCAGCAAUCCACAAUCAGCUCCACGCAACAAACUGCAGUCUCACCAGCUUACUCUGAAGAAGCGGUGAAAAGCUUCGGAACAUAUGGUGAAACAGCCACAGACGGCACAGACAGACCUGCAGUUCCACCUCGACUCUGGCAGUCGUCCCUCCCCCGUCCUGCCUCAGUGGGUGAAACCUUGCCUCUGCAGACCAGACCAAAACCUCCUCCAUUCAACCCACCACCGCCGCCUUCAACAGAGAUACUAUGGGAGCCGGUGUACAGUGAGAUAGAGCAUCGUCCCUACCUGGAUCUCCUGCCAGACGAUGAAGAUCGGAUGACACAACAGAGGUCAGUACCUCCAUCCCAACGAUGCCAACAGACCACAGAGGAUAAAGAGGACAUCAUUGUGAUGUUGAGAUGGUUGAAAAGAGUGUCAAAAUCUGAUUACAUGACUCCGUCUGUGUAUGGCCUCACUAUAGACGAGGAAAUAAGAUCAUUUAAUCAGAGGGCCAAGAAUGUGAGCAAGGCCCUGCGCCUCUACAACCUUCUCAUGAUGAAGCGCAAUGAUUGCCUGCGGAACGUCAUCACAGAGUUCACCUCCAUCUCCGACAGCCUGGACAAGAUGCAGAAGAAGACCAAAACCAUGGGCAUUGCUGGAGGCACCACAGGUGCUGUGGGAGGGGUGACUGCAGUGUUGGGCAUCGCCUUGGCUCCCGUGACCAUGGGUACCUCACUGAUUGCUACAGCUGUUGGUGCCGGCAUGGUGGCAUCAGCUGGGGGUAUGGGCGCCCACGCUGCAAAGGCCAAAGAGAAGGUUGUGAACAGGAUGACGGUUGAGAAACUAGUAUAUGAAUAUAAGUCAGAUAUUGUUGACUUGGAACAUUGUCUGGAUUUUAUCCUCGCUGGGAUGAAUGAGUUGCGAAGGCAUGACAUUGCCCGGUUGCAGAGGGCAGGAGCUCAGCCUGACGCACUGAAGAUGGCACAUCUGUCACAGUCUGUGUUCAGGAAUAACAUGAGCAAUGAAAGGAGGACUUCUCUUGCACACACAGGUGGGAUGUCAUCUGAGAGACUGCUUCUGGCUUUUAUUAAGGAAAUGGAUCAGUAUUUUUCAGACAAGGAUGGUCAGAAGUUGAGGAAAUCGUCCCAGAGCAAGUUUUCAGGAAGGGUUCGUCUGUUGGCCAAAAAUCUGCAGGAUGAACUGGAUCACCUGAACCAUACGUGGGAAAUGUUUAGCUGAGUCAGACAACUCUGUGUGUGUGUGUGUGUGUGUGUGUGUGUGAGAGAGAGAGAGAGAGAGAUGUUUUAGAAUGUUUUAAUAUAUAUAUAUAUAUAUAUUUUAAUAAAAUGUAUAAUUGUACACCCUAAUGUGUGAUUUGUUAAAGCCAGUAUUUAAGUAUUUAACAGUAGUUCAGUGUAGUAGUCACCAAUUAACUGUGAUAAAUAAAACAGCAGAAUUAAUGGAAAUCACUGUC